GCUUACAUAGCUGCAAAAGGUUAGUAGAAGCUUCCAAACUCCGACGGGAAAAGCCUUCCAGUUCGCCGCUAAAUUUCCCAAAACGACAUCACCAUUUACUUUCUUACCAAUCAACUUUUAUGUUCCUUUUAACUUCCGUCACCCACAACCAAUAUUGCGCAAUUGGAGAUUCCCAGCUCUAUCGACCUACUAUGAUCUUUGUCGUCUGGAAUUUAACUUAAGGCUGGUCAUGGGAUUCGGUGACCAUUCCCAGCAGGUCCUCCAAUCGACGGGGUCCUUUACGGGCUAUAGGCCGCUCCACGAGCUCGGAAAAGGAUAUCUCAGCGCGACGAAAGAGUUCAAACAACCGUUAUGCGGUAAUGAAGAAGGUUGGGGGCCUUUGAGCCCUUUCAGAUAUGAUUUUACCCCAUGCUUCAUCGACGUAUGGGUGUUUGCAGUUGCUGCCUUCGGCAUUGUUUGCGGAGCUUUAGCUAUAUGGUAUGUCUUGCGGAGGCAGAAGCCUACUGGAGCUUCAAAGGAUUGGCAAUUUUGGGUCAAGGAGUCACUUCUCGCCGUCAUCAUUGCCGACGUCGCCGUCCAGCUCGGUAUCCAGAUCAUAAGCUAUCCCGGAAUAUGGCACGGCGACUUUCGAGUUCUUACGACGGUCCUUACUAUCAUUUCUCUUGGCGUCAUCUUCACGAUUCAAUGGCUUGAAUAUGAUCGUACGAGGAAUGCUAAUGGCGUUGUGCUGUUCUAUUGGUUGCUCCUCUUAAUCGCGUACGCUGUCAAGUUAAGAUCUUUAAUAUCACAACAAAUAUACGAUAAGAAUCUUGCGUACUUCGUUACGUAUACAAUCGGGUUUGGUCUUUCGGCCAUUGAAUUUGCCGUCGAAUGGCUUUGGCCCAAAAACCGCAGCGCUUACGACGCCUUAGUCGACGAGGAAGGAGAGGAAUGCCCGGUGGAAUAUGCGACAGUAUUCUCGCGCUUGACUUUUUCGUGGAUGACACCUCUUAUGAAACAUGGAUACAAACAAUUUCUCACCGAGGAAGAUCUUUGGGGACUUUCUCCUAGCGACAAGACCUCUGCAACGGGAGAUAGAUUCGAAAGAGCAUGGAAAUAUCAACUAGAGCAUAAAAAGCGUCCCUCUCUAUGGCUGGCUUUGUUCCAUGCUUAUGGUGGACCUUACAUGUUUGCUACCAUUUUCAAAGUUUUCAACGAUUUAGCAGCUUUCUCUCAGCCUCAGCUCCUACGUUACCUAAUCAGCUUCGUGGACUCGUAUGGCGAAGGAAAGCAGCCUCAACCCGCUAUCAAAGGCGCGGCUAUCGCUAUAGCUAUGUUCUUCGUCGCAUGUUUGCAGACCAGCAUGAUUCAUCAAUAUUUCCAGCUUACCUUUAUCACGGGCAUGCGAGUCAAGUCAGGACUUGCGUCGGCUAUCUACAAGAAAUCGCUAAGGCUAUCAAACGAAGGCAAAGCUUCGAAGACGACUGGUGAUAUUGUUAAUUAUAUGGCUGUCGAUGCGCAACGUCUGCAGGAUUUAACCCAAUUCGCACAGCAACUUUGGUCGGCUCCGUUCCAGAUUACUAUCUGUAUGAUCUCGCUAUAUCAACUUGUGGGAUGGUCUAUGCUCUCUGGUAUCGGUGUGAUGAUUAUCAUGAUUCCCAUCAACGGCUUUAUCGCAAGACUUAUGAAACGUCUGCAGAAGACUCAGAUGAAGAAUAAGGACGCAAGGAGCCGUUUGAUUGCUGAGAUUAUCAACAAUAUGAAGAGUAUCAAGCUCUACGCUUGGAGCACAGCUUUCAUGAACAAGCUCAACUAUGUCAGAAAUGACAUGGAACUUAAGAACCUUCGUAAGAUUGGUGCUGGUCAAGCGUUCGCAAACUUCACCUGGACUACUACCCCGUUCUUGGUGUCAUGCUCGACUUUUGCUGUUUUCGUCUGGACACAUGACGUACCGUUGACUACCGAGAUCGUGUUUCCCGCUCUUACGCUAUUCAAUCUGCUUACUUUCCCUCUCGCUAUCUUACCUAUGGUUAUCACCUCUAUCAUCGAAGCUAGCGUUGCGGUGGGUCGUUUAACAGAAUAUCUCGCAGCCGAGGAAGUCCAACCUGAUGCAGUCAUCGUUGGAUCAGCCGUUGAGGAGCGUGGGGAGGAAGCCGUCGUUAUUCGAAACGGAACUUUCUCAUGGAAUCGUCAUGAGUCUAAGGAUGUCCUUAAGGAUAUCAAUUUCAGCAGUCGUAAGGGUGAGCUCACAUGCAUAGUCGGCAGAGUCGGGUCAGGGAAAUCAUCUCUUCUACAGAGUAUCCUUGGUGACUUGUGGAAAGUCGAAGGUAAUGUACGGGUUCAAGGCACAAUAGCAUAUGUCGCCCAACAGCCAUGGAUUAUGAACGCGACCGUGAAGGAGAACAUCAUUUUCGGACACCGAUACGAGUCGAAUUUCUAUGAACAGACUGUCAAGGCAUGCGCACUGCUUCCUGAUUUCACACAACUACCUGACGGGGAUGAAACCGUUGUUGGUGAGAGAGGUAUCUCCUUGAGUGGCGGUCAGAAAGCUCGCGUAGCUCUCGCCCGAGCGGUAUAUGCGCGAGCUGAUAUCUAUCUGCUGGACGACUGUUUGUCCGCGGUGGAUUCCCAUGUUGGUAGACACAUCAUUGAGAACGUAUUAGGUUCAAGUGGUCUACUCAAUUCCAAGUGCCGAAUCUUAGCGACAAACGCUAUAUCCGUCCUUUCCGAGGCAGAUUACAUAUAUCAGCUUAAGAAUGGCGAAUUUUCUGAGAGUGGGACAUUCCGCCAGUUAAUAGCUAUGAAAGGAGGUAUUGCAGAGCUCAUUAAGUCAUCCGGGCAGGAAUCUGGAUCGGCUUCUUCGGCAAUUACCCCCGAAGGUUCGGGAAGUGAAACAUCGACGUAUAUUGAACCUGAGAAUAGCCAAGAUAAAGAAGAAAUUGAGGAGGCUCAAGAGGGCAUUGCUGAGUUGGCACCCAUUAAGACUGGGCCUUCUGCAGAUUCUGCCGCGCAAAGACGAACUGGUAGCAUGUCAACUUUGAGACGAGCAAGUGCUGCCAGUUUCAAAGGCCCCAGAGGAAAACUACAUGACGAGGAGGAGCCCAGUUCUAAGACUAAGCAGGCUAAAGAGCAUUUAGAACAAGGCAAAGUUAAAUGGGACGUUUACAUCGAAUACGCCAAGACAAGCAAUCUCGUAGCUGUCUGUGUCUAUCUCCUCGCAUUAGUCGCAGCUCAGGCCGCACAAAUUGGUGGCAGUGUUUGGUUGAAAAACUGGGCAGAGGUGAACGGCGAUGCUGGAGGCAACCCUGACGUUGGAAAGUACCUUGGCAUCUAUUUUGCUUUCGGUGUCGGCUCGUCUGGCUUGGCUAUGGUUCAAACGCUGAUCCUAUGGAUAUUCUGCUCCAUCGAGGCCUCGAGAAAGCUACACGAGAGAAUGGCAACUGCUAUCUUCAGGUCACCAAUGUCGUUCUUUGACACUACACCAGCAGGAAGAAUCCUAAACCGGUUCUCGAGUGACAUCUACAAACUAGAUGAGGUUCUAGCGAGAACGUUCAACAUGCUCUUCGUAAAUCUAGCUCGUUCAGGGUUCACCCUAGUAGUCAUCUCGGUCAGCACUCCCGCCUUUAUCGCAUUGAUCAUUCCACUCAGCGCAAUAUAUUACUGGGUACAGCGAUACUAUUUACGAACAUCGCGAGAAUUGAAGCGAUUGGACAGUGUCAGCCGCAGUCCUAUCUAUGCACACUUCCAGGAGUCACUCGGCGGUAUCAGCACAAUUCGGGCAUACAGACAGCAGGAUCGAUUUGAGCUAGAAAACGAGUGGCGGGUCGACUCGAAUUUGCGAGCUUAUUUCCCGUCUAUCAGCUCAAACAGGUGGUUAGCAAUUCGACUAGAGUUCCUCGGAGCCAUAAUCAUUCUCGGAGCCGCAGGGUUCGCCAUUAUCUCCGUCACGAAUCACAGCGGUUUGAGCGCCGGAAUGGUGGGCUUGGCUAUGUCGUACGCUCUACAGAUCACGACUUCGUUAAAUUGGAUCGUUCGCCAGACAGUGGAGGUGGAGACAAACAUUGUAUCCGUGGAACGAGUGCUCGAGUAUGCACGCCUGCCAAGUGAAGCUCCUGAAAUCAUCCACAAGCAUCGGCCUCCAGUUGCUUGGCCUGCAUACGGAGCUGUCCAGUUUCACAACUUCAGCACUCGCUAUCGCCCAGGUUUGGACCUGGUGUUAAAGGAUAUCAACUUGGAUAUCAAAUCUCACGAGAAAAUCGGUGUGGUAGGACGGACCGGAGCGGGCAAAUCCUCCUUGACCUUGUCACUUUUCCGUCUUAUCGAGCCAGUGACCGGAGAUAUCAGUAUAGACGGCCUCAACACGUCAACGAUCGGAUUGUUAGAUUUGCGGCGCCGUCUUGCCAUCAUUCCCCAAGAUGCGGCUCUUUUCGAGGGCACAGUUCGUGAUAACCUAGACCCGGGCCAUGUCCACGAUGAUACAGAGUUGUGGAGCGUACUAGAUCAUGCACGGUUGAAGGAGCAUGUGGCAAGCAUGGAAGGCGGGCUUGAGGCCAAAAUCAACGAAGGAGGAUCAAAUUUGUCAGCAGGUCAGCGACAGCUAAUCUCCUUAGCCCGUGCUAUGCUCACGCCAUCCAAUAUUCUCGUACUGGACGAGGCAACUGCGGCAGUUGAUAUCGAGACGGAUGCUAUGUUGCAGAAUACGUUACGCUCUUCGCUCUUUUCGCACCGGACUAUCAUCACAGUUGCCCACCGUAUCAACACCAUCCUCGACAGCGACCGGGUAGUUGUGCUCGACAAGGGUGAAGUGGUCGAGUUUGACACGCCACAGGCACUUAUCCAAAAGAAAGGCGUGUUCUACGGUUUGGUCAAGCAAGCUGGACUAGAUACGGAAUAGUUCAUGCUUUAGUUGGAUCGAGCCUGUUUGUAGUCUUUCGGUAUAUCACAUACCCCAAGCGGGCAUUGAGUUACCUAGGUAUUAAAACGUUAAGCCAACCCGUUCAAGUGAAUGGUAUGACUUGACUUGAAUUGUUUAUAAGGAAAGGCAGAAAAGCAACGGUAGAAUAAAAAGAUUUAUCUCGGGAAAUAUUUGAAUCCGUAACCAAGUGUGAUGUAAUCUCUCAGGUACAUAUUUACACAACAAGAGACAAUAAAGGUAUACAUAUUUUCAACACGUAUUU